CUUAUUCUUGAUUCUCUUCUCCCUCCUUUUCAUGCCCAAACACUCUCGCGCCUCUUCAGGAUCCAGCAACCCUAGAAAAACCCUAACGAGCGCCAUAGCUGAAGGGAGGUGAGAGAAGCAACUGAGCACCUCCGAUAAUAUCCCUUCUCUCACCUCAUUACCACCGAUCCAUCUACGUUUUCGCUCAGACAGGAAUAGAAAUGGCGUCUACUGUGCAGCAAGCCCCUGUUGGGAGUACUCCGGCAGCUGAUGUUGUUGGUAACGCCUUUGCUCAUCAAUACUACCUCAUCUUGCUUAAGUCGCCCGACCUUGUUCAUCGGUUUUAUCAGGAUGGUAGUAAGCUUGGCCGUAUUGAAGAAAAUGGCAUCAUGAGCAUUACAACUACCAUGCAAGCGAUCAAUGAGAAAAUUCUUUCAUUUGAUUAUGGAAAUCUCAAUGCGGAUAUCAAAACAGUGGAUUCACAAGAGUCUUAUAAUGGUGGUGUGCUUGUUCUUGUAACUGGAUAUCUAAUUGGAAAGGGCAAUUUUAGGCGGAAAUUUACUCAGAGUUUCUUCUUGGCACCGCAAGACACAGGAUACUUUGUUUUGAAUGAUGUGUUUAGAUAUGUAGAUGAUGAUGAGCAUCAAAAUGUGAGCAGAGAUUUGGUUGAUGAGGUUGAGAUUCCGCCUACUGCUGAGCAUGAUUUGUCUACGGUGAAUGAGAACCACACAUCUGAGCCAGAGAUUCCAGUGUCUGAUUAUCCUAAUGGGGUGGAAGUGUGCAAUUCUGUAAAUGGAGAAGUUGUUGAAGAAGAAGUGGAAUCACCAGUGGCUGAGGUGGUUGAUGAAACUCCAGAUGAUUUGAAGAUGACUGAACCUAAUUCCAAAAUUGAAGAUCUGCCAAAGAAGUCUUAUGCCUCAAUUGUUAGGGUUAUGAAGGAGACUGCUGUGCCAUUUUCAGCUCCUACACCUCCUCCUUUGAGGACUGCACAAAAGAACAAAGAACAACCAGUGUCAGCUGCUCCACCACCUCCACCCCCUGUUUCGGAGAUAGUUUCUCCCAUCACUGAUGUCAGUGAAAACGGGAACAAUCAAGAUGUUGAAGCGGAGAGUCAUUCAAUUUAUAUUAAAGGUCUGCCGUUAAAUGCAACACCUUCUCUACUUGAGAAUGAAUUCAAGAAAUUCGGAACUAUUAAGACUAACGGGGUGCAGGUUAGAAGCCAAAAGGGAUUUUGUUUUGGUUUUGUGGAAUUCGAGGAUGCUAGUGCCGUUCAGAGUGCUAUAGAGGCGUCGCCAGUUACCAUUAGUGGACGUCCAGCAGUUGUCGAGGAGAAGAGGUCUACCAAUAGAGGGAAUAGAGGAAGGUUUCCACCCGCAAGGGGUAAUGGAUACAGGAACGAGGGAACAAGAGGACGUGGGUAUGGGGGUGGCCGAGGAUACGGCGGUCGCGGUGGUGAUUUUAAUAAUGGCAGGUCGGACUUUGGAAAUAGGAACGGUAACCGGGGAACGGGAAGCCGUGGAGGGGAUGGCUAUCAGAGAGCCGAAAAUGGCGGACGCAUGGCUGCAGCAAGUACAAAACAUGCAGUAGUUCGGGCGCCUGCUGUGCUUGCCGUCGGGAACUAAUAGCCUUAAAGUAGUUGAUUUUGUUUCAAAGAUCACUGAUUUGUAAUGUCUUGGGAUAGAAUUUAGAGGGCUGUGUCCAAUUUUUCGUGGAUAACCUGAUAUUUCUAUAGGGUGAUGUUCUGCUAACCUUUUUUUUUUUUGUUACCUUUCCAAUUUUUCUUAUAUGAGUGGUUUUUCGAAUUGUAUGGUCAAUUAAAUUUCUCUUAGUAUUGUAGUGAUCCAUUAAAUCCACAACAUCUGUUCAUUUUGGACCCUUUUUGUCUCUAGUAAAAUGAGAUUACCAUUUUGCCUA